UAUUCUGCUGCGCACACAGCAAGGAGAGAGGAAAGACAAGGAAGGCAAAGUCGAGAGCCUGAGUCACAUCAGACUGUACAACUAAGCUGCAAAGUCAAAAUGAAGCUUCUGUGCUUGUUCUUCCUGGGAAGCAUGUGCACCAUGAUCGCAGCCCGUAGAGUACAAACAGGCACGGAGUCGCCAAUUUCUCACAAUCCGCAGCCGACGGAAGCCAAGUCCCGCUUCGCGAUGCUGGAUGACGUGCGGCUGCUGGCUAACGGUCUCCUCCAACUGGGGCAGAGCCUGCGUGAGUUUGUGCACAAGACUAAGGGGCAGAUCAACGAUAUCUUCCAGAAGCUGAACAUUUUUGAUCGCUCGUUUUACCAGCUUUCUGUCGUGACCAGCGAAAUCAAGGAGGAGGAAGAGCAACUCAAACAAACUACCUCGUUCCUCAAAGCCAACAAUGAUGAAAUCCGGAACAUGUCGCUGGAGAUCAACUCCAAAAUCAACAACAUCAUGCACGAGCGCGGACAGCUUCAGAGUCAUGUCGGGAGUCUGGAGAAAAAAGUUCAAGGCCUGAGCCAAAGUGUAGUGCCGUUAGAACAGCUUCAGGAGAUUGUUGCUCUGAAAGAUGUGAUCAACACUCAAGAGAAAACUAUCAAAGACCUUCUGGACUCUGUAAGAGAACAGCAUGACCAGCUCAACUCCCAGAAAAACAAAAUCAAAAGCUUGGAGGAGAAGCUCAAUUACGACCUUCUUCAAGACACUACUGAGAAAAUUGCAGAUUUAAACCAAGAAGCUCCAAACCUUCUCAAAUAUCUGACAAGUAACUCAACAAACUCGAGUACAGACACAAAUGAUCUUCCCACAGAUUGCAGCGAAGUUUUCAAUAGAGGCCAGAGAAGGAGCGGAGUUUACCCAAUCAAGCCCAAUCAAUCCGAGCCAUUCAAUGUGUACUGUGAGAUCAGCUCAGACAGCGCAGCCACAGUUAUUCAAAAACGAGUGGAUGGCACAGUAGACUUUGAUCAGACCUGGGACAAAUAUGAGCUUGGAUUUGGAACUUUGGAAAAUGAAUUUUGGCUUGGCCUGGCAAAGAUCUACUCCAUCGCCAGACAGGGGGACUACAUCCUCAGCAUUGAGGUGGAGGACUGGAAGGAUGAGAGACGAUUCAUUGAGUACAUGUUCACUCUGGACGGUCCUGCAUCUCAUUACACGAUCCACCUGACUCAUCUGUCUGGAAACCUGCCUGAUGCCAUGAGCAACCGCACUGGCAUGAUGUUCUCCACUAAAGAUAAGGACAACGACAAUCUUGAGGAGUCCAGCUGCACUCGCAACUACUCAGGUGGUUGGUGGUUUAACGCGUGUGGAGGCACCAACCUUAACGGGCGCUAUACCUGGAUGCGUUCGAAGACUCGUACUCCACGCAGAAAAGGGAUCUACUGGAAACCUGACAAGGGGAGCUCUUACACCCUCAAAUUUACAAAAAUCUCCAUAAAGCCUUUGACCCAGUUUCACUGACCAGGCAAAUCCUCAACCAAUCAGAAUCCUCAUACAGGAGGCCAUGAUUGGCCAAAAAAAGCUACCCUCUUCUUCUUCACUCAGUCCAAAGGUGCUGACUUGUUGUCGAAGCAUGAUGCAACAGGAACACUACAUCAACCUGACCUCAAGUUUCACAUAUACAGUCCUGUUACAGCAGUUUACUUUUUCUUUUUCAGUAUUUAGACAGUUGCUUAGAGAGAAUGCAAGACAGAGGGCAACCUGCUUCUGGAGUGUUAGUCGUGACAUGUUUUAAGCUUAUUAUAUCCAAUUUUGUAAACUUAACCUUUUUAACUUUAUACUAAACACGCACAGAAAUCAAAAUAGUCUCACAAGACACAUAUGGUCAAUAGUUUUCACUUUCUUGUUUUUAUACUGCAUUUAACUUAAUACCAUAUUUAAGUCAUGUUAAUGUUUUGUGCUAGUCAAGAAACAUCUUAUGUUACUGAGUCAUAUUGACUCUCGGUUACACAAUGUACACAACUGUACAGUAAUUGUUUGUUUAAAGAUUUGUCAGGAACAGCAGUGCAUGAUAUUUGUAACAAAAUAAAUGAAUCCACCUAAAUA